AUGGCGGCCCUCCGACUACCCUCACGACGCAUCCUAUCCUCCGCCGCCCGCGAGAGCAGACAAUCCACCCUCCUCUCACAAACCCGCUCCUUCGCCACAACAGUCACCGAUGCGCCUCCACCAACAACAACCCAAUCAACCCCCCGACCCGCCACCUCGUUCUCCGACCGUCUCAACAGCGGCCCCUCCUUCAACGACUUCGUCGCGCCCACAUCAGACGAACCCCUCACCCAAGAAGACAUCUACGAAUUACAAACCGUUCAAAUCGGACCCUCAGGCCGAAAACGAACCCACACCCGCCUCCCCUCCUGGCUCAAAACCCCCAUCCCCUCCAACGACAACUUCAAACGCAUAAAAAACGACCUCCGAGGUCUCGGUCUCCACACAGUCUGCGAGGAAGCCCGAUGUCCCAACAUCAGCGACUGCUGGGGCGGCUCCUCCAAGUCCGCCGCGACCGCAACAAUCAUGCUCAUGGGCGACACCUGCACCCGCGGCUGCCGUUUCUGCAGCGUCAAAACCUCCAAUAAACCCGCACCUCUUGACCCCCACGAACCCGAAAAUACCGCCGAAGCACUCAAGAGAUGGGGACUUGGCUACGUGGUGCUCACGAGCGUCGACCGCGACGAUUUAGCAGAUGGUGGAAGCCACCACUUCGCGGAAACAAUCAUUAAAAUCAAGCAAAAAGCGCCUCAAAUCCUCGUGGAAGCUCUCACAGGCGACUAUGCGGGAGAUCUGGAACAAGUCGCGCUCGUAGCCCGCAGCGGACUAGAUGUCUACGCCCACAACAUGGAGACAACCGAGGAAUUAACCCCCUCCGUCCGCGAUCGCCGGGCAAAAUACCACCAAUCCCUUUCCGUGCUGCGCGCCGCGAAAGAAGCGAAACCGGACCUUAUCACCAAAACGUCCAUAAUGCUCGGACUUGGGGAGACGGAAGAGCAGCUCUGGCAAGUGCUCAAGGAUUUGAGGGCGGUGAAUGUGGAUGUCGUGACGUUUGGACAAUACAUGCGUCCGACGAAGAGGCAUAUGAAAGUACACGAGUACGUCACACCGGAUACAUUUGAGUUGUGGAGACAGCGGGCACUGGAUUUGGGAUUUUUGUAUUGUGCGAGUGGGCCGUUGGUGAGGAGUAGUUAUAAAGCGGGAGAGGCGUUUAUUGAGAAUGUGUUGAAGAAGAGGGCGAGGCAUAGUAGUUUAUUGGCGGCGGAGGGGGUCAAGGACUUCAAGGAGUUUAAGAAUGGACGUGGUCACAGCGCACAGACUGAAAUCGUUUCCAUCUCCACCUACAUCAACCUCACCUGGGUGUUGCCCCCUCGAACCCCGCAUCGAACACUCCACAAGACAUCCCCCCCCCCUAAGACCCCACUGCCACUCUCCCCUUCCUCUACCAUUCAGCACUACCUUACUUCCUCCAGUCCCGCUUCCCGAUCCGACCGAUAA